AUGCCGCCUAUACUCAGUUUAAUAGGAAAACAACUGGAAGGAAAGGACAUUGCACAGUGGCGGGAUAUGAAGUCCCAAAUGCAAUCACCAAGUAAGCAACCAUGGCAAGAGUUGGAAGAAUAUUACCGGUCAUUGAAACUUGUCUAUAACAGGUUUACUGAAGCUGAUUAUAAGCGUUGUUUACUGUAUUGGGCUAUUUUUCCUUUCGGUGAAGAAAUUAAUCGAGAUUAUAUAAUUGAUUGCUGGACAGCAGAGCAGUUUUUGGAAUGCCAAAGGCUUGGGAAAGCUCGUGACCGAGGGCAUACUAUACUAGAUAGUUUCACAGACAAAUCUCUACUGGCAAAAGGAGAAAAGUUGGGGCACUUCAAGAUGUUUGUGUGUUUUCAAAGGGCGGCAUUAACGAUUGCAAAUCGGGAAGAAAAUCUAAAUUUUUUUGUUGAAAAUGGUGCAACGAUUGAAAUUCACAAAUUGAUACAAGCAAAAAGAGUCUCAUUGGCUCGUACUCGCCUGCCCCCCCUGCCACAAAAGCCCAAAUGUGCCGGAAUGUUAACAUUGUUACUCCAUGAAAACAGCUUGCGAGAAUUUCCAGGGCAAUUCUUUGAAUAUAUGCCUGGCCUUCAAGUUUUGUGGUUAAGGGAAACAGGAAUCAGUGGACUUCCUGAAUCCAUCUCCGGAUUAAGAAACCUCAGAGGGCUCUUUCUAGACAACUGUAGUUGUUUAGCAGUGCUUCCUCAUCAGAUAGGUGAUCUCCAGAGUCUCGAAAUCCUUGUUGUACGUCAUACUGGGAUCUCUUCUUUACCGAGUGAGAUUGGACGGUUGGGAAAUCUUAAAUGUUUGAGAGUUUCGUUCAAAGAAGAUGCCACAGUAGGAAACAAUUUUACUGUUAAUUCUGGCAACUUCAAUCAGAACGGCAUCGAAGAAAGGAUAAUUCCUAGAAAAAUUAUUGAAAAGCUUUCUAAACUAGAAGAGCUGAGUAUUGAUGUGAGCCCUAAUAGCAGAAGAUGGAAUGCCAAUGCUGAUGAAAUUGCAAGGGAAAUCACCAUAUUUAAAGGAUUGACACAUCUUCACUUCUACUUCCCUCAAAUGGAGUCUUUUGAACAUUUCAUUCAGAAUAGCAAAUCAUGGAAACCAAAUGGAGAAAAUGAGGAAUUUGAAGGCUUCAGAUCUUUCAACAUCUCUGUUGGUCUACAAGGAAAUAGUUCGGCAUCAGACUUUAAUGUCUUUGAAUGCUCAGCUGAAAAGCAUCUGAAGUUUUCUGCAGGAGAUGGAUUUCCUGGGGCUGUUUCUGAGGUACUUAAACAGGCGACUUCAUUCGAGCUGAUUGGUCACGUGACUGCUGGCAACUUAACGGAUGGCCUUCCUGAUGAUACAUUUGAAGAGCUGGAAGUUUGCAUUGUUGAGGAGUGUGAUGCGAUGACGAGCAUCGUAAAUGGAAAUACAAACACAACAGGAGUAGUAUUCCCAUGCCUGGAAAAGCUACAUAUAAAAAAGCUCCCAAACUUGCUGAGUAUCUGGGAGGGCACAGUAGCAUCUGAAAGCUUCAGUGCACUAACGACUCUGACAUUAAAAGAAUGCCAAGGUAUAACGAAACUUUUCUCACUAGAGUUGGUCAGAAACCUGUGUAAGCUACAAAAUCUUCAAGUUGAGGACUGUGCAAGGAUUGAAAAGAUUAUUGAAGCUGAAAGUACAGUCGAAUCCACGGCCUUUCCCAGUCUGAAGAAUUUCCAACUAUGUAGCUUGACAAGCUUGUCUUCCAUUUGUGAUGCCUCGUUAGAAUGUCCCUCUUUGGAGAGAAUACUUAUCAAGACUUGUGAAGGGCUAACAACUUUGCCAAGAGUCCUGCAAAAAGCUCCCAAACUGAGAGAAAUUCAAUGCGCUGAGAUUGGUGGCAUCAACAGGAAUGGCCAAGUAACGAAACUGAAAAGCAAUUCAGAACUUUUCACCGUCACUUCCGCUAAAAUGAAAAUCCUGAACAAGAAACAUUACUGCAUACGGUUAUUGACCUCUAAACCUAUGUGGAAAUUUUCUUGGACCAUGCUUUUCCAUUCCAUGGCCGGUAUCAUUGGAUUUGGCAGAAUAAUAUAA